UUUCCAUGUUGCUGCAGGUACCAGUGUACUGCACACUGCCAGCUUGACUAACACUGUCUUCUGGGCUCCUUUUCUGAAAGGUGCUUUAUGUUAGGCUUGUGUCACCAUUUCCUCUGGUUUCUAGAGCCAGAAAAGAUUGUUCUUUCAGACGCUCUAUUUCAUUAGCAGUUAGAAGAUCAUUUCUGUUCUGAUCACACCAGUCCACCGUGUUAAAGUAUGUGAGUAUGCUACCCACAGUCCAGCCAGAGCCAAGGGAACCAGGACCCAAGUCUAAAUGACUCCACAAAUGGUACAGAGGCACAUUGCAACUUGAAAGCCCAUCGGGAGUUGAUUGAGUUUGCUCUGUAUGUCUCACCACACAGCCCUUUCACUGCACGGUAAAUUCAAACUGUGAUCAGCUGGCUUUUCUCCAGCCAUAAUGAAUUCAAAUUGGUUUAAGGGCAAUCAGCUGUGCUGCAGUUAACAGGUUUCUCCCAUUGCCUCUGGCAAAGCCGGAGCAGUGUGAGGGGUGGUGUCCGCUUCAUGGCUCUCGGCAGCCUGCUUUGUACUGAGCUCAUUUGGCUGGGCCAUGCUUCAGCCGAUCGAGGAUUUCUCACUGUUGUAGCUCCAGCCCUUCAAGAAACCCUGCAUGUUCACACAGCUGAUGUAAACUGUAUGCAUCCUGCCUUUGCGUCCUGACAGUGUUUCUUACUGGGGCCCGUGCCACCCACACCUUGGCUCUGUCAAACUCUAUCCCUGUUGCAAACUCGGUUGUAGAUGCUGAUGCGAGGUGGCAGCCAAAGGGGAUGCUGCUGAAUACCGAGGGAGGGGGAGAGGCAAAAGCAUGUCAGAGGCUCGGCGAGAUGCAAAGAGUUGCUGGAGGAAGCUGUGACCGAGCUGCUCUUUCCCAGGGAGGAUUCUCCACCCCAUCCUGGGUGGGAUCUAUAAAGCCUUGCUUAAAAGCGUGCUAGCAGUCAGUGUUGGAGUUGAGUUGCCCCGGGCAGGGCUUGCUUGCAGGGACACGGCAACGACUUCUGCAUAAGACAGUGAUACCUUGCGUUUCACUCUCCCCAUGGAAGAAAUUGAAGCCAAAGAAGCCUGCGACUGGCUGAGAGCUGCUGGGUUUCCCCAGUAUGCUCAGCUCUUUGAAGAUAUGCAGUUUCCUAUUGAUGUAAAAACUGUGUGGAAAGAUCAUGAAUUUUUAGAUGGAGAUGCAAUUGAAUCGCUCUUCAGGCGGUUGAACGCAUUGAACAAGUGUGCGUCAAUGAAAGUGGGAAUAAGCCGUCAGAGGAGACAAGUCUGCUUGGAAAACGUGAGUGAUGAAUCUGAAGAUGAUGAACCUUGUGCAAUAAGUAACAAAUGGGCUUAUGAGAGGUGCACUCAGAGAUGGUCUCGUAUUGAGAGCCUGGAAGCUUUUUCAGGAGAGGAAGGUGCUGGUGCAUCAGCCCCCUGCGUUCCGAUACUGACGAGCAUCAGCAACAAGGAUGCUGUCUUUCAGGAUCCUGGUGAGAAACAUGAGGUGUCCUCAGUUCAGAGCAUGAGCAGUGGUGACGGUGACACUGUUAGCUUCACAAAACCUUUUGAGCAUGAAGAAAACAGCACAAAUUCUUCAAGAUGUUCUUCAGUUAAAGUGACUUCACUGAACUCUGCUUUUAGCUGCUCCCCUCCUGCCAGUGAAUGUUUAACUAUUGCCAACCAGGAUAAGUCACAGUACAAAAAGAGGAAUGGCUUUCUAAAGAGAAUGGAGAAGUUGCACUUAAGGGGCUGCAGCUUAAGGAGUGGUCAGUCAAAGCCCAGACCCGCAAUAAGCGAACCUAUUCUUCUGGAAGGACUUAGUGGAGAAAAGAUGACGAUGCUGAACUGUGUAAAUAUUUCUGACCUCUCUGGCAUCCAAACAAGGAACAAUACUUCCUUUUGUCCCCAGAGCUGCAGUAGCAGCAGCCGGUCUGAAAACAGUGGCACAGCAAGCACUCAGAGUCCUGCUGUAAGACUACAAAGCUGUGAUGAAGGGAGGGUGACGUCUGCUGAGGACUUGGAUUCCAGCAAGCCCUUGCCGUGGAAUGAGGUUUCUCAGGGAAACCUGGGAAAUGACUUGGAGUUCCAAGCGGCCCAGGUGUUUCACAUACCGCAGGGCCAUAAACCUGGCACUUUCCCUGUAGCACUUUCAAACAGCUCCCUGUCUCCAGCAGAAAACUCUUCCAUCAGCUGGAGAACUGGGAGUUUUCAUGUGUGCAGGAGGAGCAGAAACAGAAGUAGUUCCAAGGACUCCAAAGCUGGCAAAGGUCCCCUUUCGUGCACAAAUAACAGGCUAAGUAUAUAUGACAACGUGCCCAAUAUCGAACUUGAGAACUUGGAGGCAGCACAAGUUGGUGAUGAUGAUGUGUUUUCAGAACUGAACAAUGUUAUAGAAGAUGUCACCGGUCUCAGAAAAUUGGUCGAUCAGUGGACAGAGAAGUUCUCAGGUGAUGGGGAUUUGAACUUUGCCAGUGACUUGACCUCUUUAUAUCCAUCCUCACUUAAAGAAAUCUGUCUUGAAACAGAGGGCUCAGAAGACAAGGCAGCAAGCCUCCCAUCCACUGAGGGACAAAGCAGCCGUGAGCUCAGCAGGAAGACCAGUUCUGCAGACCUGGCACGCACAGAGUCCGAAGACUCCAACAGGCACGAGAGGCAACACUGGUCUGUGGAAGAGAGCAUGAGCUUGGAAAGCCUUUCCAUUCAGCACGACAGCCAGACAGCUGCCCAGCUGGCCCGGACACAAAAGCUGGCUUUGUUGAAGCUCACUGCUUUGAUGGACAGAUACUCCCCUUCCAGUAAGCACGGCUGGAACUGGACUAUACCAAAGUUCAUUAAAAAAAUAAAAGCCUCUGACUACAAGGACAAAAAUGUAUUUGGGGUUCCUCUCCUUCUGAAUUACCAGCGAACGAGCCAUCCACUGCCUAACAGUAUACUGCAAGCCCUGGACUAUUUAAGAAGCCAUUUUCUUGACCAGGUUGGGCUGUUCAGGAAAUCUGGUGUUAAAUCCAGGAUUCUGUCUCUGAGAGAAAUGAAUGAAACCAACCCAAACAACGUAUGCUAUGAAGGGCAGUCGGCCUUUGACGUGGCAGACAUGGUGAAGCAAUACUUCCGAGACCUUCCCGAGCCUAUAUUCACCAGCAGCCUCUGUGAGUCCUUCCUGCACAUCUACCAAUAUAUGCCCAAGGAUCAGCAGUUUCAGGCUGUCCAGGCUGCUAUUCUCCUUCUGCCGAAGGAAAACCGAGAAGCUUUGAAAAUACUGCUGUUCUUUCUGCGCGAUGUGGUUGCCUUCGUCGAGGAAAACCAGAUGACCCCAACCAACAUUGCAGUCUGUCUUGCUCCUUCUUUGUUUCACCUCAACACCCUGAGACGGGACAGUUCAUCCUCCUUCUCCCCCUCGAGCAGCAGAUCGAGUGUGAGGAAGUGCAGCAUUGGAAAGCCAGAUCAGAGUGAGCUGUGUGAAAACCAGGCAGCAGCAGACGGCUUGUCACACAUGAUAAUGGAGUGCAACAGACUGUUUAAGUGAAGAACAAAGUCAGCAGAAGUGAAAUGGAUUGAAGCCGUGUGCAAGAACCGACGCCAUCUAUGGAUGGAAUGAGGUAUUGCAUGCAGUUCAGCAACGCACUGAUUACCAUUACAGAAGAAUAUCGACUGAGACCUCUUCAUUCCCGAUAUCAUCAAUCACUACACUUUCCU